CGCCUCCCCUGCGCUGUGUGUCCCGCGCCCGCCCGCCGCGCUGGCUGCGGAGCGACACCUGCGAGGCGGCAGCAGCGCUUCAGCCGCUGCUCGGUGGCGGCCGGACUUAUGAUAAAAAUGAAGUAUGGUUAUAUACUGACCAAGGAGUCAGACUAAGACUGAGUCCUGCUCUCUGACUUUGCUGUACCUGGACCAUGAACUUGCUCUUUGGCUUCGUGCUUUAGAAACCUUGGCAGUAACUCCGUGAAGCUGCUGGAAAUCAUGGCAUUCUCUCCAUGGAAGCUGUCUUCCCAGAAGCUUGGCUUUUUUUUGGUGACUUUUGGUUUCAUUUGGGGAAUGAUGCUUCUGCAUUUUACCAUUCAGCAGCAAACGCAACAUGAAAGCAGUUCAGUCCUGCGUGAACAAAUCUUGGAUCUCAGCAAAAGAUACAUCAAAGCAUUAGCUGAAGAAAAUAAAAAUGUUGUAGAUGGGCCUUAUGUUGGGACAGUGACAGCAUAUGAUCUGAAGAAAACACUUGCUGUCUUGCUGGAUAAUAUCCUGCAGCGCAUUGGGAAGCUGGAGUCGAAGGUGGAAAAUCUCGUACUUAAUGGAACAGGCGCAAACUCUACCAACAAUACUACCACUGCUGCUCCCAGCCUGGGGACAGCUGAAAAGCUUAAUGUAGCAGAUCUCAUAAAUGGAGCCCAAGAACAGUGUGAAUUGCCUCCUAUGGAUGGUUUUCCUCACUGUGAAGGGAAAAUAAAGUGGAUGAAAGAUAUGUGGCGAUCAGAUCCCUGUUAUGCAAGUUACGGCGUAGAUGGGUCCACGUGCUCCUUUUUUAUUUACCUCAGUGAGGUUGAAAAUUGGUGUCCUCGUUUACCUUGGAGAGCAAAAAAUCCUAAUGAAGAAGCUGAUCAAAAAGCAAUGGCUGAAAUUCGUGUAAACUUUGAUUAUCUCUACAAAAUGAUGUCAAGGCAUGAGGAAUUCCGGUGGAUGAUGUUACGCAUCAGUCGGAUGGCUGAUGCCUGGAUUGAAUCAAUUAAAUCACUUGCAGAAAAACAAAAUUUGGAGAAGAGAAAACGAAAAAAGAUUCUCGUUCAUUUGGGACUUCUGACAAAAGAAUCAGGAUUCAAGAUUGCAGAGAAUGCAUUUAGUGGUGGCCCACUUGGUGAACUGGUCCAGUGGAGUGAUCUAAUCACAUCUCUCUACCUUUUGGGACAUGACAUCAGGAUUUCAGCCUCACUGGCAGAGCUCAAGGAAAUUAUGAAAAAGGUUGUAGGUAACAGAUCUGGCUGCCCUACGCAGGGGGAUAAAGUUGUAGAACUCAUUUACAUUGAUAUCGUGGGACUCACUCAGUUUAAGAAGACUCUUGGUCCAUCGUGGGUGCAUUACCAGUGCAUGUUGAGAGUCCUGGAUUCCUUUGGAACGGAACCAGAGUUUAACCAUGCCCAUUAUGCCCAAUCUAAAGGCCACAAGACACCUUGGGGAAAAUGGAACCUGAAUCCACAGCAGUUUUAUACGAUGUUCCCUCAUACUCCGGAUAACAGCUUCCUUGGAUUUGUGGUGGAGCAGCAUCUGAAUUCUAGUGACAUUAAGCACAUUAAUGACAUCAAAAGGCAGAAUCAGUCUCUAGUUUAUGGCAAAGUGGAUAACUUCUGGAAGGAUAAGAAGGCCUAUCUGGACAUCAUUCACACAUAUAUGGAAGUCCAUGGAACUGUUCAUGGGACAAGCACUGUUCAUAUGCCUGGCUACGUGAAAAACCAUGGUAUACUCAGUGGGCGUGAUUUGCAGUUUCUGCUGAGAGAGACCAAACUGUUUGUUGGUCUUGGAUUCCCAUAUGAAGGGCCUGCUCCUUUGGAGGCUAUUGCUAAUGGAUGCGCUUUCCUGAAUUUAAGAUUCAGCCCACCAAAAAGCAGCAAGAAUACAGAAUUUUUCAAAGGCAAGCCCACACUGCGAGAGUUGACGUCUCAGCAUCCCUAUGCUGAAGUUUACAUUGGGAAGCCUCAUGUCUGGACCGUAGACAUCAAUGAUCAUUCUGAAGUUGAGAAAGCGGUGAAAGCAAUUUUGAACCAAAAGAUUGACCCUUAUUUGCCCUACGAGUUCACGUGUGAGGGGAUGCUGCAGAGGAUGAACGCGUUCAUCGAACGGCAGGAUUUCUGCCACGGGCAGGUCAUGUGGCCCCCACUAAGUGCCCUUCAAGUAAAAAUUGCUGAACCUGGAAAAUCCUGUAAGCAAGUUUGUCAGGAGAGCCAGCUCAUCUGCGAGCCCUCCUUCUUCCAGCACCUGAACAAGGACAAAGCUCUGCUCAGGCACCACAUUGAAUGUCACACGGUGGAGUCUGCAAACGACAUUGUGGUCCCCUCUUUCGACGGCAGAAGGAAGCACUGCGUCUUCCAAGGGGACCUCUUGCUGUUCAGCUGUGCCGGAUCCCACCCAACGCACAGACGGAUCUGCCCCUGCAGAGACUAUAUCAAAGGACAGGUCGCGCUCUGCAAGGACUGCCUAUAGCAGCAGCAGAGCUCCUUGGCGGUGGGGACAAAACRUGAGUAGUUCUGAGAGAAGCUACUUGUUACUUCCUGCACUUUCGUCCAGGUUUCUUGCUGCAGGCAGAGCUAUCAUUGCUGGGCAGAAKUAUCUACUUAGAGAGAAGGGCUUCAUAAGGAACCUCUAACUGCUUUUCUCUCCUGUGAGGACAUUUGCAGCGUAACCCUUCAAUCCUUCGUCCCUUUGAGGAGAGAAGCGAGUUUCACGCUCUGUGGCGGUUCCAAGACAACUGCACGGAACAGUCUGUAGCCAAUCAGACCCAUCAAACUUCUUUGGUUGCUUGGGUGCAGCGAGGGGUUUCUGUUUUCUAAUGAGUUAGGCCGUCCCUCAUCGUGGUUAGUUAAAGGACCUCGACUUCAUUCCAGUAGAAAACUGAGGCAAGGGGCUCGCGGGAGGGCUGUGGGGAGGCUUCGGGUUCUGCUUUGGCUCGAGCGGCCGACAAGCAGCCACAAACUUCCCGCACACCUGGAAUCRUGAGGUAGCUCCAUAUCGUGCCCCAGGUUAUCUGGGCCCAGUUCUCUUCUUUUCUCCUUUUCUCUUCCUUUUCAAGAAGCCCCCCCAACUCUGCAUACAGGCAGCCCUGCAAGCAGCGCGACGAGCACAGGCGGCUGCCGGGGCGCCGCGUCCCGCUGGGCUGGCGGCUGCCUGGCCCUGCGGCACGUUCCGCUGCGGAAAAGCUCCGGGAACGGAGCUGCCAUUUCUAGAUGGACUUGUCCGAGGCCACCGGACCUGUUUAGAGAGUAGUCCUUGGGAUGUGCCCAUGCUUCUGUUGUAGUCUGUCUACUAGAAAUACUGUGUGAAGCAAAAAAUACUCAGCGUUUUUGGAGCAUUAGUAUUGCUAGAGCCUCAGUUUGCUGCGCCUUCCAGUAGUUAGAGCGUUGCUGAAUGACAUAGAAAGGUUACACUAAGCUAGCUAUAAUUAUUGUAUGAUAGAAAUGUAAAAUGUCGUCAUAACUAGCUAGGUUUUUAAAGAGCAAUCUGUUCUGAAGAGCAGCUAAGAGAAGACAAGCAACUUCUAAGAAAAGUCUUGAUGAGUCAUACGGCUUCCUUGGUUGUUUCGGGGAAGGGGUGCUUAUGAUUUUUUACCAAGCAUGCCAGUUAGUUUUUCUUAGAAAAAAGCAGUUCARGAGUUUGGACCUCAAGGCUACUUUUGCUCGGAACAGCCAGCUGAAUCUUCCCAAACACCCCGCGCUGUGUCGGGCGGCCUGUGCCUGUCGUCCGCGCGAGGAGGAUGCUCCGCAGCGCCGCGGCAGCCCCGGCCUGGGCUCAGUGACAAGAGUCUGCAGUGGGUUUUGAAAGCAGAAGCCUCGUGUGUGAGUGACCACACUGGAGGUCACUGGCUUGGAGGUCACUGGCUUGAAGGGCCUCCAGCUGGCUUGAAGGGCCUCACGGCCACCAGAACUAAUGAAACCCAUAGAAACGUCAAGGUCUCUGCUCCUGGCUCUAAUAGGUUCGUGUUUUUCUCGUACCCGACCCUUGUUAUCUGCCUGUGGGUUUUGAUGCAUCUCUUGACCUGCCACAAACCAAACAAGCAGAAUGCUGGGGAGCUCCGGCUGAAUUCCCAAGGCAAGUUAACAGAAAAGAAGCAGCUUAAAGUUUCCCCUUAAAAGCGAGGAAUUUGCAUUUCCAAAUGUUCUGUUUCCUGGCUCCCUGCUCCGGCUGUCGCUGUGCUGUACCACCCCACGGCCCUGCAGCCUGCUCAUUAACUUAAAUUUCAAAAGAUUUUUCACUAUCCAAAAAGACUGUAUGGGAACAUUCAACAGCAGUGUUGCUGCCAGUGACUAAAUGAUGACAAGAAUAAAAUUUCCUGUAUUUUAAGAGUAAAUAUCCAGAAACGGAACAGUUGGGUUAUUUAAUGGGGAGCUAAGGUUUUUGUGUGAAAAGGAAAACAAGCAGAGCCUGGUAGGAAGCCCUUGCAUAUCUAGGCAUUUUGUUCUCGCACCACAAAGGUAGUUUGCAAGUUUUAAUGCCCAGGAGGAGGAUUGGAAGUGGGUGUGAGCAGGUCCAGCAGCUUUUUUUUAUUUUAUUUUAUUUUAUUUUAUUUUUUUUUUUAAUUCAAGGGCUCCCCAGCUCCUCGCGCACGUUUGUGCAACUGGAAAACCCUGUGCUUUAAAGAGAGCAUUUACACUGCUGCCUGGUGCAGGAAGCAAAAGUAACAGGAUUUAUCUUUGACAAUUCAGCCCGAGGCUCUCCAGGCAGGAAUUUAAUAAUUUAGAGUGAGCUAUUAUGGAAUUGCAUUGGCAACCAACAUUUGUAUGUGUGCACUUACAGAAUGCAAAACACAUAGUUUUUGCUGUAGUGUAAUCCUUUGCUGUAAAUAGGUAUCUGCUUGUUCCCACCACUGCUAUAUGGACCACCUGGCAUCCUGCAUUUUAUUUUGCCUCUGAAACUUUAAAGAUGGGGGUUUGAUACUUGUUAUUUUAACAUUUUAUGGUCUAGCGCUUUGCUCAAUGGUAAGUCUGCCUUUAGGGCAGCAGGGAGAGUCUACUACAAGCUCUGGGUUUGGGUUUUGUUCUGUUUUGGUUUGUUUCGUGCUGUUGCACUGUUUCUUUCUAGUCUACUGAACUGAAUUACCGCACGCUGGUAAGAGUGAAACGGCGAACAGCGACUCGGCCUGCGUUUCGGCCGCGGACAGAGCGUGUCAAUUGGCUUCCCAACGRGGUCCGAUCCUAAAAUAAACUGAAAUCUAUAGGA